AUGGCAAAAUAUAUUCUACCAACAACAGUUUACCAGCCACCUCCGCAGGUUCGGAGAGAGGCGAGAGUUACCUUGAUUGAAGAUGAAGUCCAGGUCAACAUACCUUCAUAUCAUUACCCAGCAAAACUUACAAUCACCUCUUCGAUGCCUGAUGAUGUACCUACGCCACGGGGUCUGGCAGCCACGAUCACACCAGCGACAGACGCCACUUCUGAAGUAUCGUCUAUGUGGAGCCAACGCAAUUCCAAAUCGAGUUUUGACAGCCUGUACGAUGUGACGGAUAGCGAGGGGGAAGAGGUGCCGCUCAAGCUGUCUGCAUCUGUCAAGAAGCAUGUAGUCGACAAAGAACGCAGCAAAUACCCCUCUCUUGUCAUACCAUCGCCUUCGCAAUGGCCGUCUAUCCACAAACCACACACUUUUCGACCUGUGGGUUUGUCGCCGGCGACAAAGCUUGCUUCUCCUUCUGCGUUUUCGGUCUGGCAAGCUCAAAGAUUGAGGGUCUCUAGUGCUACUUCGACGCCUUCUUUGGAUGGAAGUUUGACAAGCGAAGAACUUGCUUUGAGCAGUUGCCCUUCUACACCGGAUCUCGCAUCGAGAGGAGAAAUUGUUGAUGAGUGGGAGCCACCAUGCCAGCUUCAUCCAGACGCAUUCGAGACGUUGCACCAGCUCAGUCCAGAAGAAGCUGCCAGCGAAGUUAUGGAACAAGUGCUUGAUGUGCCUGAAGAAGCUGCCCAUGAGAUGUCAGAAAUCAUCAAGACCACUCCAGUACGUCUAGAUUUUGCACUCAUAUCAGUCGAUUCCGAGGAACCGCAAACCCAAGAUCCGAUCUCUGCGCUCAGUGUACCUUCCCCCGGUGGCUUUUUCUCUUCUCUGGCGCCAGUAGCUGCACAGACUUGGGCCAUUAGGACACCAGAGCCCUCGACGAGCGUAGCAGAAAACUUCUACGGCGUUCCAUGGCGUGGAAACCCAGCGCGGACAAGUGAAAGCCAUCAACGCGUAACAACAACAAUCAUCACUACAGCGCUCGCAUCACCACAAGGCCCACCGACAGCAAUCAAAGACGUCUUCUCACCCAUCGACCGCAGUGUAGAGAUUUGUGAAAUCACCGACGUAUGUGUGCCUCCCUGUGAUUACAACGAGCAGUAUCAGGAGAAACUAAAACAGUCAGCGUUGGCGCACUUUGAACGCACAAAGGGUUGGUUAGAAGAUCAGUUUGGGAUUGUUGCUAAGGUUGCUGCGCCGACUACGCCAAACAUGACAUUGUCGCCAGUCACAAACUCGGCGGCGAGUAGUCCGUCCAAGAAAAGUGUUAGGUUUGCGCCUGAGGCUGCUGUGAGCCCGAGACCUUCUACCAACACGACUGUUUCUGCGCCUGCUUCGCCUUCUGCGGAUACUGUUGUUUCUUCUGCUACCGAUGGCACUGAUUGCAUCUUCCUUGACGGCUUCAGAUCAAUCAUGUCGCGCCAUAAACCUACAGAUGCCUUUGUGCACCGCCAACCUCGCCUGGAAAGCACUCACAUCCUUCGCCGCAACUUUUCCGCCGCUUACCUUCGCACUCUACACAACAGUUUCUCCAUCGCUGAGCCUUCGCGUCCAGUCUCCACUCGCCCCAUCUCGACUAUGCUGCCUGCACCUUCGCCUGAAGACGACGCCAAGAGAGAAGUGAUUGCAGCCGUAGAGCGCGAACGCAGUGUGCUCGAGCAAGUCUCUCCCCAAACCUGGGAACUCGAAGCUCUUGCUUAUCUCCGCGGUGGCUCACUGUUGACCAAGGAUGUGGCUGCCUACCUGAGUUCCUUGCCCACCGCUCAAGUCUUGGAUUUUGGAGGCGAGCCUAAUGCUGAUUGGGGCUGGUGUGUCGCAACCUCGUUUCCUUUGGCCAAAGUCUGCACUGUGUAUUUUGAGCCUGACACAGAGGUCUUGGAGGCACCUUCCAACUUUACCGCUGUUGAGGCUGAGAAACCAUUUGCUCUGCCUUUCGCAGACGAUACUUUCGACAUCAUCUCCGCGCGCUCUUUGCACUCACUUCUCAAGAGCGAUCAGUGGAAUCUCACAAUCUCUGAGUUGCACCGCGUGCUCAAACCUUCUGGAUACCUAGACUUCAGCCUCUUGGACGCCCUUCUCAUCAACGUCUCAGCCGGCUCUUGGGGUCAAGUCAUGAAUGCCGAGUUCGGACACAAGCUACAGCAAAGAGGCCACGAACGCGAACCCACCAGGCAAUUCCUGGGUAGACUCGAGACUGCAGGAUUCAAGGAUGUCAAACGCAUGUGGACGUUUUUGGGCAUGGGAGACGUGCAGCCGAUCUGGAAAGACGAGGGAAAGAUCCCCGUCCGCGACGCCGCUGGCAACAUCCUACUCGACCACAAUGGCAAACCGACCUACUAUCCUCCUGCACUUACCGGCAGCACUUCAGCCAUUGCGCCCGUGACUGGUCUUCUGGGUGCAAGACUGUGGGAGCAGUGGGUGUACAAGCUAGCCAGGGAGAUGGGCGGAGAAGAAGCCGAAUUGCAGAUGUUGGAACAGGUGUGUGGAGUGCUCGAGCAAGGAGGAAAGGCAGGCAGUGGCAUUGGCUGUUUGAUGGGAGUGUGCAGGAAGUGA